AUGGAUGCACUAUUGAAUGGUUCAAUUGCUGGAGCUACUACAGUUCUUAUUACAAACCCAUUUGAUUUAGCAAAAACAAGAUUGUAAGCAUAAGGAGAGCUUGUUGCUGAAGGUCAUUAUAAAAGAGCAUAUUCUGGAGUGAUAAAUACAUUAAUUAAAACAUCAUAAUCUGAAGGAAUCUUAGCAGUCUAAAAAGGACUUUAAGCUGCUAUAGUAUUUUAAAUUAUAAUGAAUGGAUUACGAUUUGGAACUUAUGAGAUUGUAAAGGACAUUGCAAAUGAGUAAUUUCAUUUAUAUAAUUCACAUGGAUAUAUAAAGGUUUUAUCAAAUAUUGGUAUUUCAGCAGGAGUUGGUUGUUUUAGUGCGUAAUUGAUCUAAUAUUUAAAUUAAGUUUUGUUUCAAGUCCAUUUAAUAUGAUAAAAACUAGAUUAAUGCUUUAAACAAAAGAUUUACCAUGUGGAAAUAGAUAUCAUUAUUCAGGUCUUAUUGAUGCCAUUUCAUAAAUAUUUAAAACAGAAGGGUAUAUUUAAUACUAUAUAGUAUAAUAGAUUAAAAGGUCUUUAUGCUGGAUCUUCAAUUAUGGCACUCAGAACAGGAUUAGGAUCUGCAAUUCAAUUACCUGUUUUUGAUUUUACAAAAGAACAUGGAAAAUAAUGGAUUAAAAAUUAAACAGAAUUAAAUAUGAUUGCUAGUGCUAAUGCAACAUUAUGGUUAUGUUUAUUAACAUGUCCUGUUGAAGUGGCUUUAACUAGAUAUUUUAAUUAACAAUUUGAUAAUGUAAUUAUUUAAUAUAAAUUUAAAUAGCAUGGAAAUCCAACAGUUUAUUAAGGUUGCUUUCAUGCUAUUAAAAUAAUCUUUAAAUCAGAAGGUUUCUUAGGAUUGUACAAAGGAUUAGGAGGUUUGUUUUUUAGAUCAGGUCCUUAAUCAUUUAUCUCAUUAUUGAUUGUUAAUCAAUUAAAUAGUCUAAGAAAUCAAAAAAAAUAAUGA